AUGUCUAAUGCAGAUGAUGAUUUUUCGGAUUUAUGGGAAUGGUGUGCUGAAAAGGGCGUGGUAAGUAAAAAAUUAUUUAUCCGUAGGAAUAUGCAAGGCCUAAUGCCACAUCUCUCUCUACACGUUGGUGAAUCCGUGCGUGCUGGUGCUGUAGUCUUAACUGUACCCUAUCUUGUUACUCUUAAUGCACAGACUAUUAGAGGAGAUAUGAAACCUUUAGCAGUACCAUCUGUUCGUACAAUGUGUGCUUUUUUGACGCGUCGUCGACGUAUGGAUAUUAUCACCGCAAAAUCUUUGUGGUUAUCAUCUUGCGUGGCCUGCUACAGACGAUUGCUUUUUCAAGGACGUGAUUUCAAUAUCUCACCUCUGUUUUCACGUGCAUUGAUGCCACUUCUUCCUUCACCGUUUGUGAGUUCUCACGUAAGGAGUUUCCCUUCUAUUGCUUCCAUGCUUCCAGAGGGGUUAAAUAACACAGCAGAGGAGUCAUUCCUUUCAUCACUAAAGUUAGAAACAGAAGGCCAACUUCGGGUUACACAUGCCGCCCUUCAGUUUUAUCAAAAACGUCAUGCAUCGCGAAUCUCAUCUCAACUUGUUCCCUCCCUUGAUGAAUUGCGCAUGGCGUACCGAACGGUGAUGCAUCGCAGUAUGCUUUUACCACUUGAUUGUGUUCCAUCCGCACCUGGUGACUUGGCUGACCUCUUCACUGAGCGACCAGAUAUUGAAGUGUUACCAUCCUUUGUACCGCUUGUGGAUAUUAUUCGUAGUCCUUCUGUGCUGCAGUCAUCAAAUGAGGCAGCGGGGGGAGUUGUUGGGAGUAGACAACAUGGUAAAGCUGUAUCACAACAACAACAACAACAACCAUCGAAUUGUGCAUUAUACACCUGUACUCAUGCGGACUUUGUUUCAUCCGGUAGUCGUAGACGUGUUGUAUUUGAAACUUCACCUCUUUCUAGUCGCCGUGUAGUUGUGUGCGCCAUGAGUGACUUAAAGGAAGGUGAUGAACUUUUGCUGGACUAUAGCUCAGAAUGA